UUGCAGGGAAUUGCUUUUCCUGAUGGAUUUGUCUCUUCCAGCGCUGUCCAUCCACCAGCUGGCUGCCCAAGGGGAGCUCAUCCAGCUGAAGGAGCACCUGAGGAAAGGUGAGAAUUUGGUGAACAAACCCGACGAGAGAGGCUUCACCCCCCUGAUCUGGGCUGCAGCUUUCGGGGAGAUCGAGACCGUCCGGCACCUCCUGGAAUGGGGCGCUGACCCUCACGCGCUGGCCAAGGAGAGGGAGAGCGCGCUGGCCCUGGCCAGCAUGGGCGGCUACACCGACAUUGUCACCAUGCUGCUGGACAGGGACGUGGACAUCAACACCUACGACUGGGUGAGGACACCUGCGCCACNAGCCGAGACCCUGCGGAAUUCCUCGGCUGCUCCCAUGGAUUCCCAGAGCAGCAGCGAGCCCCCGGCCCUGGAUGGUUUCCCCCUGAAACAUUCCAACACCUUGACCAACAGACAGCGAGGCAACGAGGUGUCAGCUCUGCCAGCCACGCUGGACAUCCAGCAGGUGAUGGAGAACCACAUCCUGAAGCUGUUCCAGAACAAGAAGAGGAAGAAGUGA